ACACGCAACAGCAGUAGCACUGGUGGCAUCCGAACAUCGCACGCAGGUUUCCGUCUUCAGUGUGAGUCCACGAGGGCACCAGAGCAGCUCAGCGGGUACGACUCGGCCGACAACUCUCACAACAAGUAGUUCCGCGCGUGCGGCUUCGGGCAUUUGACGAUGACGGGAGCGGCGGUGACGGUAUUCUUGGCGGCAGCCACCGUGAUAACCCGGGCUGAGGCGGGCACCUACGUGCUAACCCCAACCUCGCGACCAGUCCUGCACUCUGCUGUCUUCCAGAGCGAGACCGCCGAGAAGUUCGAAGAUUGCCCUGGUUGCCUCAACUCGGGGGGCCCCGUGUAUGUCAAGGAGAAAGGGAUAGGGUACACCAACGGGGGACUGCUGGCCGAGUACGGGGAUGGAGAAUGGCCGCUGUUGGCGGCUUACAACAAGGGAGAGAUGUGCGACAACGGCAACUUCUACGAGCGCGACGAGAUCUCCGCCCGGCACGGCAUUUGUGGCGAUCCGAAGCAGUUUUCCCUGGAGAGCACGAACGCCUACAGCAGCAGCCUCAGCGACUGGUCCGCCCUGGAGACGUUGAAGGAGGGAGGGGUGUUGGACAUCAAGGUCGUCGUGGCCGAAUACCUCGGGGGCCACCUCGAGUUCUUCAUCUGCAACUCCGCGGACUUGAGGUACGGCCCAACGUCCAAGCCGAACCAGGAAUGCUUCAACAUGAAUCCCUUGACGAGGGCUGAGGGUGACGACGUCAACAGCCCCAUCGACCCCGCCUACCCGGGGCGCUACUACGUCAACCCCCCGUGCCACGCCACGGAGCACCCGGAGGCCCUGCCCGACGGGGCGCAGGACGGAUACGUGAUCAACAUGCAGUACCAGCUCCCGGAGGGACUGACAUGCGACCACUGCGUUCUUCAGAUGGUGCACUACACCGGCAACACCUGCAAGCACGUGGGUUAUGACGACUUUGAGCCCGAGUCUUGGCCCAGCCAGUGCGCCCCGACCAAGGCGGAGUGGAUCAACACCGACCACUGGAUGUGCGGCAUGGCCGGCGCCUACCCGGAAGAGCACUGGUCUUGCUCAGACAUCUCCAUCACGACCGACGGCCCCACCGAAAAAUCUUCGUCUCCCGUAGAACCCGACACCCCUCCUCCCUUGUCGACGGCCACGCCAGUCGCGACCCCCUCGCCGACAGAGGCCCUGGGGGCAAACGAGGGCGGCGGUGACGGCUUGUCGUUCUCCUACUCGCACGACUACGACGACUCCGACGACGGCGGCUACGACUACGACGAAGUCUGUCUCACCUGCGAGCGGGCCCCGUUGUACAUGACCCCCGCUGACUGGGCGACCCUCGAGGAUGAGGGCCUGGAGCUGGUCUGCGACCCGGACUGCCUGAUGGACGAAGCCCUCGACGGCUGCGCGGCCUUCGGGCUGGGCACGGCGUGCCGCACCAUACCGUUGGUGGUCGAGCCGGUUUCCUCGGGCACGCCCGCCCCCGUGCGCGAGGCUACCCCCGCUCCCCAGGCGGAGGCUGCGCCGACGCCUCGUUUGGGAACCCCGAGCCCGGUGGCGAUGAUGAUGCCUUCUCAUUCUCACGGAGACGACAGCGACGACAGCUACAGCGGCAGCAGUAGCGACAGCGGUGGCGACAGCGACAGCAGUGACGACAGCAGGAACGAGGCGUGCGCCAAGUUCAACGAGCAGUGCGGUGGGCAGCACUACACUGGCACCACUUGCUGCGAAGCCGGACUAACCUGCAAGGAGUGGACUGACUACUGGUCCAGCUGCCGGUACUAACAAGCCGGAGUUCGGACGCCCGUCCCCCAGAGCUAUUCUCAGCGUUUGAUUUUUCGGGGCGACGAGCAUGGCUUCGGCGGUAUCGUACCGUCUCCCCGAUAGCAAACGCUGUUGAUAGGGCGGUGUUGAUGUGGCCCCAGCACGGAGGGACUGCAACGCGCGGUUGUGGCUCAAGCGAGGUGGCGAUCAAGAGGUUCCCAUGACAAGGAUGAUAUAUUUGCUCAAGCUAUAAUAGGAGACAAACAGCUUCGAGCCACGAUGUCUCCUGCUGGCCGUACCAAGCGGGGCCAGUGCUUCGUCGAAUAAACUUUGCUACUACAAAUUAACGGUGGUGCAAGCUUGGUCGAGGUACUCCAAAUGGCAAGCACCAAGGUCGACAACGCCACUGUUCGACCGUUCGGACGAGAGACUGCGCCGGGUUUGCGUGUUGUGUGCGUUACAUAGUAUCCCAACGAAUGAUUGGUUCCUGGUAGAGUCAGUGCUUACGUAGACUAGGCACCCACGACUUUGUCGUGUUUCAUGUUGGCGCCUGACAGCACAUGCCGCGCACAAUGCCGUUCGAGCAUUCUUGAUUCACACACCGUCACCAAACACCGACGAGCAUCGCCGCUCCCGCCGUCACUUCGUUUGCCCUCUCCCCUCUCUUCCAAGGCACCCGUCCCCGAUGUAUUGUAUUUCUUGGCGGUCUUCUCGUUCUGUUUUUUUCCCGGUAAUAAUCAUGUCUGCUGGUUUGUCAAUUUGAAAGGUGGCUGUCGUAACUCUGUUCCGACUAGGCUGAACCUGGUCGUUACGUUCGUACACCGUAGCACGGAAGUAGUAGUGGUGCGGGGGGCAAGGUGGUUUGUUCUGUAAGUGGGACGGAGCAUGGACGUUGUAUCCUUCGUUGUAUCUUGAUCUAGAGCUGCAGGGAGGUGUGGGGGAAUGGUAUGGCACAUCAUGGCAUGGCCAGUCAGUGCAAACCCGGCGCUACAUAGGGUAUCGUAGAAGCACUCGAUUUUUGUGUGUUGCUGGUUGGUAAGUAUGCUUCCUCUUGGUUGUACAUGUAGUGUUUUUCUUCCCUCGCGUGGCGAGGGCGAGCGAUGGGCUCCACUCACCCGUGUCCUUUCGUGAGGUCGACACAUGACUUCCUUGAAAGCUGGGGCCUUUUGCCGUCCCUAAUGUCCUCCUGAAAACCAAAAAUCAAACAAAUAUAAAUUGGGUACAGAUAUAUAGUGUAUCUCCCUUUGUACGCAACUCGUUUGGCGGCCUGGAAUCCGUAUUUCGUUCCAUCCCGAAUGCUUUUUUUCGUUGAAAUGUGCGA